AUGUUGCUUAAAGGUAGUGUUUUGAAUCGCAGUAUCUUGCCGAAACGAAUAUGGUCAAAUGGCUGCUUGAAAAGGUCAAUAUCUAGCUCAGCCCCGGCAAAUACCAAAUACGAUAAAAAGAAAAGCACGGUUAAGGGGAAGUCUCGUCCGAAGGAACUUAGCUAUGAGCAAGAAUCUGAGCACUAUCUCUUGAAGGAGUUGAAAAAAGAAGACGCAAAAUACAAUGCUAGAAAUCAACAGACCUCUAACAUAGUUAAACAGUUUGCAGACGUUUUGAACUUAUAUGGGCUAAAAAUCGUGAGUGCUCCAUUGCGUGGGCACACAAAUCUCCCCUACGAUUAUAUACAUCUUUCCAAAAAAUCAAACCAAUACUCAACUGACAUCCUUCUGGAUACUCGAUGCACCGGUAUAAAUGAUGCUCAGCUAGUUGUUACCGAUGAGACAAAUGAAUCUCAGGUUUUAUUCUUGAACGGAAAUUUCACGAGAGAAAGAGGAUUUGUUUUUUAUUCUGCCAUGAUAAUCGACACAAAGGAGAUAGGGAAAAGCUCAAGUGAGGUAUGCCAUGCUAUAUGCUCUGCAGAAGAAUGGAUAUUUCGAGCGUUGAACAACUUUUAUGAGAAAAAAAUUGAUAUAGAUCAUCCGGAAGUUGCAAGAUUCUUAACAUUUCAGCAUGAGGAAUGCAAUAUACCCGAUUUGACCGGUUCCAUGCUGGUUGAUGCUCUCUUACACUACACAAUCACCGACCUUAUCAAUAAAAAUCCAGAAGAAUUUGCUAGUCUUAAUUCUAUCUUAGAUAUGCUUGUGUCAUAUUGCCAUGAUUCAGCCUAUGGUAAUUGGAUACAGUGUUUUAAAUCAUUUAUAAAUUCCAAAUAG